UUAGGAAGUGGUUACACUUGGCCAAUUCCUGGAGUGACAGUAGAGUCGAGUCAAGUUUUUGGCGCCGUUGCCGGGGACGGCUAGGUUGUUGAAGAAAAGUGAUUUCUGUUAAUUUAGCUUUUCCUUUUGCUUUGUUUGCUUUGUCCCGCUUGUGCCUUCACGGGUUUGCUUGUUUGAGUGUGUGCAAGUAGUGCAUGACCCGUAGCCAGUCAGGAGGUUUACUGCCGUUGAAUCCAGAGAUUGACCGCACCUGUCGCCAGCUCAGGAGACAACAGCGAGCUAGACUGGCUACGGAAGAGCGCAUAGACGGCCACUUGAGUAGCGAUUCUGAAGAAGAGCACGGGAUGGACGGAGACUACAAUCAGCACCAGGGGAAUCCGCAGCAGGUUCCCCCGGUGAAUCAGGUCCUGGGGAACAACCCCAUACCCCAGGAUCAUGGAGUUCAUCAUCCACCGCAGCCGGGUCCCACCUUGGAGUACUACUACACUCCUCGGAUUGCUGACAUCCGCCCGGUCAUCCUCUACCCGCCGAUCCCAGCAAACAACUUCGAGAUCAAGCCAUGCUGGAUUCAGCUCAUCACAUCCUCGAUCCAGUUUCAUGGUUUGAAGGAUGAGGAGGCCAGGGUACAUCUGUCCCGUUUUCUGCAGCUGACAAACGGGUUCAAACUGAACGGUGUUCCCGAUGAUGCGAUCCGCCUUCAUCUCUUCCCCCAUUCUCUGGCGGGGAAUGCUAAGAGGUGGUUGGAGACCCAGCCCCCAUUGUCCAUCACCUCUUGGGACGAUCUGGCUGACAAGUUCGUGCACCGGUACUAUCCGGCAUCGAAGACUACAGAGAUUCAGCGGGAGAUCACUCACUUCCGCCAGGAGCUAGAUGAGUCACUUCGUGAUGCUUGGGAGCGGUACAUGGGCUAUUUCUGGCAGUGCCCCCAUCAUGGCUUCAGUGAUGCAUUCACAGUGGGGAACUUCUACAGUGCCGUUUCGCCAGAUAGCCAGAGGGUGAUUGAGUCUCUAUGCCUAGGAGGGGAUAUUCUUACCAAGACUCCACCCGAGCUGAACCAGAUGAUCAGUACUUUGGCUGCCAGAGAUCAUUCUUGGGGACAGGGUAGCCGAGGCAGACAGUCCCGGGACCGUGGUGUGCACGCCAUGGAGACCAGAUCCGAGCUCGAGCAGCAGGUAGCUGAGCUAGUGCAGACAUUGAAGCACCCCAACAGUCUGAUUCCGGGCAGAGGUUUGGCUACACCUCCAGUAGCUCAAUGUCAGUGGUGUGAGAGCUCCAAUCACCUAGUGGAGGACUGCCAGGCUAUGAGGGAGUCUACCACACCCCAGGAGCAGUUGGCCUUCAUCGCCAAUGCGAGGCGCCUCGAUCCAUACAGCAGCACAUAUAAUGAGGGGUGGCGCCAGCAUCCCAACUUCGCCUGGAGCAGCAACACCACUAAACCACCUGGUUUCCCAGCACCAGCAGGUGGUUUUCAGCAGAGGCAGCCCUUCCAGGCUCGCCAGGGGCCAGACCCACAGCAGCCCUCCCAGCUCAGGCAGGGGCAGCCAUUCCAGCAGCCCCAGCGCCAGUUUGCCAAGCCAGCAGCAGCUCCAGCCCCAGAUGACAGGAUGACGAAGCUGGAAAACAUUCUAGCUUCAUUCAUGACGAGCACCCAGGCUGCUAUCACAUCACUGGAGGCAGGUCAGCGGAACCAGGGUGCCAAUUUGCAGGAUCUGCAGACCCAGGUGGGCAUCUUGGCCCGGCAAAACACUACCAGGGCACCGGAGACUCUGCCUGCCACCACUGUUCCUAAUCCUCGAGAUCCUCACCAGCAUCAGCAGCUGGAUGCCAUUUUUAUCAGGAGCGGUAAGACCAUAUCUGCUGAUCCUGUCCCGGCCAGACAGGAGGAACCACUGCCUGCUCCAGCACUUCCAGCCGACGAUGCAGAAGUGCGGGUGGAGAAGGAAGCCCCUGCUCCCAAGCCACAACCAGUGGUUAAGGAGCAUGUACCCCAGCUUCCCUUCCCCACUCGCUUACACAAGGACAAGCUGGAGACUGAGUUUGCCAAGUUCAUGGCAAUGUUGAAGCAGCUCAACAUCAGCAUACCGUUCAUGGAGGCACUGUCGAAAAUGCCCAAGUAUGCCAAGUUCAUGAAAGAUAUCUGCACCAACAAGAAGAAACUUGGGGAUCUUUCGACAGUGAUGCUCAGUGAGGAGUGUUCUGCUAUCCUGCAGAACAAGCUGCCCGAGAAGCGCAAGGAUCCAGGGAGUUUUACUAUCCCUCUUACUAUUGGUAGCAUGCAUGUAGGAAAGUCCUUGGCGGACCUAGGCGCUAGCAUUAACGUCAUGCCAUAUAAGUUGUAUAAAAUGCUAGACCUAGGUGAACUUAGCCCUACUAGGAUGAGCAUUCAAUUAGCUGAUCGUUCUAUCGUGCAUCCUAAGGGUAUCAUUGAGGAUCUGCUUGUUAAAGUAGGUACAUUCACAUAUCCUGUUGAUUUUGUUAUUCUUGAUGUGCAUGAGGAUGUGGAUGUGCCUUUGAUUCUAGGUAGGCCAUUUCUUGCCACCGCCAAGGCACUUAUUGAUGUGCAUGAUGGUAAACUGAUCUUGCGUGCUGGGAAUGAACAGGCUACUUUUUCUGUGACUGAGUUUGAUCACUGUGCUAUGAUUGCUGUCACGCCUGUGCAUGCUAUGUCUGAUCAGGUACACGAGCCUGUCGUGUACCCUUCUGCACCUCCUAUUUUGCAGGACCCUCCUAUCAUUCCUUCGCCGCCACUCCAUCCAGCCUCGCCUCCGAACAAAAAGCUCAAGGAGGAGUGGCGGCCGAAGCAGCAGGUUGCUAAGCAUGCACGGAAGAAGAGUGGAGACCGCUAUGAGCUGGUCCCACCUCCUGCACCACGACCACCCUGGCCGUCUGGGUACUCACUCGCCUGCAUCCUGCCAGAUGGACAGGUCGAGCUGACUGAUGAGGGUGGUCGCAUCCGUCGGGUGCAAGGCCACAACCUGAAGCUGUACCUCAAGAGCGACGUGGAUCCGCUCUUGGAGGCACCUGUUCCUGCACUGCCUUGAGUAUCCACCAUGGGCGUCCAGCUAAUACGACGGUAAAGAAGCGCUUGUGGGGAGGCAACCCCACCACGGUUUGAUUUUCUUUCUUGUGUUUUGAGUCGGAUUGUAACCCGGUUUGGGUUUGGUUUGUUUUCUUUUGGUUUGGAUGAUAUUUUAUUGGGCUGACCAUUGAACCUAACAUAUUGUGUUUGAGCUCUUCUGUUUUCCUUUGGCUGUGCUUGCCCUGACUGGCCCGUUUCCAGUCUCCUGCAGUCCAUGCAUACCGGUAACAUCGUUUCCCUUAUCCUUCCCUCUUCUCCAUUGAGGGCAAUGUCGAGCUUAAGUGUGGGGGCCUAACAUAUUGUGUUUGAGCUCUUCUGUUUUCCUUUGGCUGUGCUUGCCCCGACUGGCCCGUUUCCAGUCUCCUGCAGUCCAUGCAUACCGGUAACAUCGUUUCCCUUAUCCUUCCCUCUUCUCCAUUGAGGGCAAUGUCGAGCUUAAGUGUGGGGGGAUGUUUAUCUUUUGACUGCAUUAGAUCUGUUUGUGUGCUUGGAGCCUAGUCCACUGCCCAAAUUUUUAAAUUUGAGGGCUCCAAGUACGUGUUUCCUUGCAAUUGCCUGCUCAGUAUGCUUUGAAUUGACAGUCUUUAUAGUGAUAUGCAACCUAGGGAGGUAGUGUAGCACUAUGGAGGAUGUUGAUGCAUUUAAGAAGUCUCAUUUCUUCUUCAUAUUGUGUUGGUUGAUUGAGUGAAUUAGUGAUCUUAGGACCCUUGAAUUGUGUGAUGUUGUGGAUUCUCUGCCUGUCAUGGACUCUUGUAUCAUGUUUUGAGUUUAACAGGUGCUCGAAAAUGUGCUUCAAAAUAACGUCUCCCGUGCGAAUAGGGCGAAAGUGUGUAAGGGGAGACGGGAAUCCGUUCCCAAUUUCCACCUACUACCUCCAGCCCCCUUACAUGUCUUUCCCCCGCACGAGGCUCGAGACAUCCGCUCCUGGCAUGGCCGGUAAGAGCAGGUUGGGACCCUUGAAAAAAAAAAAAUAACAGAAAACAAGCAAAACAGAAAGAAAAGGGGUUCCAACCAUCUUCAAGAAGAAAAAAAAGAGAGCACCUUGAAAAAUGUGAGUCCAUGAUCUUUUGUUUUUGAGAAUCUCUUCAUCCACAAUUCAUUUGUCCUCUGUUCACUAUUUGCCAUGAUGCCGACUCGAUACUAGUGCUCUUGCCGAAGAAACUAUGAGAUGACUUGUGCGUCGGUUGACCUCGUAAGCUGCUAAAUGAUCUAGGAAGUCCUCUACCUACGAUCUGGGUUGUUUGUUGCUAUAGAGGUCUGGAGAGUUGCAUUGGUUUGAGUUAGGUUUGCUUGGGGACAAGCAAACGGUUAAGUGUGGGAGAGUUUGAUAGACCGUUAGUUACACAUGUUUUCACCCCUGUUCUUACACCGUUUGAGAUGUGGUUUCUCGUGUUUUAGACCGAUUUCACGCUAGGUUGUGCUUGUUUGUGAUAUUUCAGGUCCUGGCAAGUGAAUGAAGGUUUAGGAGCGAGUUCGGGGUCGAUUGGGUGAAGAUCGGGCGCGAGACAAGUCACAAAGGAGGUCACACGGGCUGCACUGAUGUUCACACGGCCGUGUAAAGUAAUGGCCUGGCCGUGCGUGUUUUGCCGAGAGCACACACGGGCAGAGCAGAAGAUCGACACGGCCGUGCAAGUGGCCGGGUUGGCCGUGCCACAUUCUGCGAGAGCAAACACGGGCAAGAGGGGAUGUCCACACGGCCGUGCCAUUCUGGCCGUGCAAAGAGCCUGGAAUUCAAACUAAAUGAAACGAUGCGUUUUGA